AUACCAGAAGGACUAACCAUAACAACACCCCAAUCGAAAUAAAUUCUACAUCCAAAACUUUCCUUACAAUAAAGUUGGGAUAGCUUCCUUAUGGAACAAAUUAGUUAUGAUGAAUCAACAAUUAUGUACUCAUUGUACUCUUUUCUCUUAGAAUCUUGCACAUUUUGGUAGAUUUUUUUAUAGAUUCAUGGGUCAUAAAUAUGCAACAGUUUAAUUAUAUGUACUUGUAAAUGCUUCUUCAGUAUUUGAUACAAAAAAAUAAUACACAAUCUUUCUCUUAAUUCCAUAUUUUUCAUAGUCUUGUUAGACAAUUUAUAUUCCUUUCAUAUAUCAACUUGUUCAUCACAUUAUUCAAGCUAGAACCACGUAUAUAAGUCACUUUUUUAUUUUGACAUAUGAAAGCAAUUACUAUAAAAAUAAGCAUGAUGCUUAUCAUGAGUCUUCCAUAGUUCCAUAUAUAUAAUCUUUUCAGUUUUCCAAAAACAAAGAGGGACAAGAAGACGCAGUUCCUUACAACUAUGGAUUUUUUCACAUGGUAUUCUCCCUGGGGGCGAUGUACUUUGCAAUGUUGUUCAUCAGUUGGGAUCUGAAUAACUCAGCAAGAAAGUGGAGCAUAGAUGUUGGUUGGGCAAGUACAUGGGUGAAAGUCAUCAAUGAGUGGUUCGCAGCCACAAUUUACCUAUGGAUACUGAUUUCUCCAGUUGUGAGGCAGAACAAAGUUAUGGAUGAUAACGAUGGGACUACUCCUCAGGAGAUAGCUGACUUUGUUAUGGUUUAAUUGACAAUGAAAAAAAAAUUAUUUUUUUUAUUUUUUUAGUUAUUCCUGACAUUAUUAGAAAUUAUUUUAUUUUUAAUGUAGUUAAAUCAUAAAUGUGUGGAAGAAAAACCAUUUCAUUGUACUUAAAUGACUUAUCACGCUUACAUUUAUAGA